UUCAUGCUCGGGAAGCCUUCCGGUCCCUGAAGGCUCUGAAUGACACAUGCUUCGGUUAUCGCCGUGGUGCCCAAUGCCUUGAUAGGUCCGUGGUGCCGUGAAGGGAUCUAGGUCGGCUGAUCACACGAUAGUGUCUGAGAAGACCGACUUCAUCGUCGCCCUUGCAGCAUUCGCGUAAUGUGUAUUUAAGCCGAAAUGCUCCACGACUCCGUACAAGCCAACACUAAGGUAGCCGCACUGAGUACAUCAUUUCAAUUUCGAAAGAUCAGAGAUCAUGGGUGCAGACAAAGCAGAGCCUGUGGCUAUUCUUGGAGCUGGUGCUUGGGGCCUGUCAACGGCGUAUCAUCUGCUCAACUCGGGAUACACCAACAUCACGGUGUUCGACCAGGCCUCCGAGAUCCCCUCCCUGUACUCGGGAGCCUACGACCUUAACAAGAUCGUGCGAGCAGAGUACGAAGAUGAAUUCUAUACCGAACUGGCACUCAAAGCCAUCAACAAGUGGAAAACCCCCUUCUGGGGGGCCAACUUCCACCAAGUCGGCUACGUGCUCGCAACAUCAAUUGCAGCACCUGAGAAGGCCGUCAAACACUUGCAGACAGCACUCUUGUCUGUGAAGGACCAUCCUGUCUUCGCACCAGGUAUCACGGCGCUGAAUAAGCCCGAGGAGUUCAAAGACAUCUAUUGGCAGUUUACUGGCCCUCUCACUGGUUUUCGUGGCUACCACAAUCGACUUGCCGGCUAUGCACACUCCUCAAAUGCCAUGCUGGAUACCUAUCGGUACCUGGGGGCCAGGGGUGUCAAGUUCGUUCUUGGUCCGCAGCGGGGCAAGGCAGUAGAGCUGCUGUACAACAACGCCCAGAACUCCUCAGAACGCCGCUGCAUCGGAUUCAGGGUCGCGAGUGGCGAGACGCACCACGCACGACGGACUAUUGUGUGCCUCGGCGCUUGGGCUGCAAAGCUCAUCCCGGAAAUUGGCUCGUAUGUCGUGGCAAAGUCCUGGUCGGUGGCUCACAUCCAACUCACCGAGCGGGAGUGUGACUACCUACGCGGCAUCCCAGUCCUUAAUGUCCGCGACCUGGGGUUUUUCUUCGAGCCUGAUCCGGCCACCAAGCUCUUCAAACUGUGUCCCCUAGGCGCCGGGUACAUCAAUUCCGACAAGUCUACGGGCAUUUCUCUGCCUCCAGGAGAUUCUCUCCCAGCCCCACGAGACUACAUUCCCGCAGCCGAUGAGAAGAAGCUGCGGCGACUGCUGGAGCAGACGCUGCCGUGGCUAGCAGAUCGCCCCUUUGUGGAGCAGAAAAUGUGCUGGUUUGCUGACACCUCUGACUCGGAAUACACGGUCGACUUUGUCCCUAAUGCGGGCGAUUCGCUGGUAGUGUUGUCGGGAGACUCCGGACACGGGUUCAAGAUGAUGCCUAUUGUGGGAGAAUGGGUCGUUGAACUGUUAAACAAUGGGAAGCAGAUUCUACCGCGGUGGCAAUGGCGACAAAGUCAUGGCAAAGGUGGAAAAGAAUGGGGAGACGCCGUGAGCUGGAGGGUUGGUACGACGGAGGAGAUUGCGAAAGUCAUCGAAGAGCAACAGAGGGCGAUUCGGGCACGGCUAUGAACAAAGUAGAAGUUGUCGUGAGAUUACAGCCCACAAUUAAUAAAUUGAAUCCAGCGUAUAUCAGCCGUUUCCACUUUCUGCUUUGUCGGUGGUGGGAAAAUUGAACAUCUCUCUGCUACUAAAUCGGACGAAGUUGGC